GACAUGAGUGGCAUCCAUCAUGUUCAACGCAUCAAAAAACUUACAGAAUCGGGUGAUGACGACAAUGUCAAACUGGUAAUACAAAGACCAGCAAGGGUCAAGGUCACCAAGAGAGGCCAUGGGUCAAAGGAGAGGGGUCAGAGGUCAAAAGAGUCAACCCCUGAGAGGGACAGAGGUUGUACUUACACUGGUCAGUCUUCUAAUCAUUUAAACUGCAGGGCCAGUUCGCUGACCGCGAGAGGAGUAGGUGGGCCUGGGCAGUUAGAAAGUCCCACUGCUGUAAGUUCGGGAAGUUAUGAACUGGAAAGUUUAGAGAGCAGUUCGCACAGUGAAGAAGGAAGGUGUAGUGACUUCUGGACUCAGUCUGAUAAUAUGAUGCCACAGUCAAGAAAAGGUUUAAUGAAUUCCCCUCGUCCCAGAAAGGAAGCAACUCUGACCAAAGGGAGGUUGGUAAAGAUUCACAGAAGACAGAGAUCAGACCCAUUAAGAUUCUUCACUUCUUGCAGUUUUUACAGCAAAGGCAGACGACAAACAGUCUCAGAGACGAGCAGCAUUUAUUCAGUCAAACGUAAGGAUAGUUCAACAAAAACAAGAUUAUUUAUCAAGAGAGUGAUCACUAAGGCAAUCAGAGAUGACAUGGAGAUAUCUCCACACUUGAGAUUAAUUGUGUGUGGAAAUCCUAGCGAUUCCGUGGCCAGAAUGGUGCUAGGGGUGAACAGAGAUGUGGCACCCAGUGUGAGGCACCAGCUCUACAAUCAGUACGAUAUCGCCAUUCCACGGAGCGGGGCACCACUGCGCAUGCAUUGCAUGUCAGAAGACACGACAAAAGAGUUUGACAAUCAGUACCUUGCAGCGCACAUGGCUGAAAAGUUAGAGCAGCGUCCAGCUAUUGCUGACCACCUUGCUAUACUUGGACAGAAGCUCACACACUUGAAGUGGGUAGAAAGGGGUAUCCCUGUAAAAAAUAUCGGACAAUGUCUUUUGGAGGAGAAGCCAAAGCUUGUGGCUCACGUGAAAGUGAUGUCAAUGAAACAAGACAGUAGGUUAGCCAGGCUGACUUCCCACAUAGUAUUCUGUAAGCAUGCUCUGUAUCUGCUGACAUUCUGUGUUGAGAAGUAUGUGAAAAGUCCAGAGGAUGUACUGUGCAGUUUGCAGAAUGAUCUCGUCAAAAUAAGAACAUAUGCAGGAUCAGUGGUGCCUGUAUUUCUUGUAGCCACCGUCAGCAAAGAUACCAGCAUAUCCAAGGACUUGCUCCUUAAAAUGGGGAGUAACCUUGAACAGCAUUUCAGAAGGGCGUAUUACAGUCACCUGGUCUACAACAAGGAAAGCGAUCUACCAUUGUUCACACUGUGCGACAAUACAGAACAGAGCCCCUCCGCCAUCUUGUCCGACAUAUCACAACUGCGAGAUAGGAUCUUCACCCUGUGUAUCGCCCAGCCAUUUAUGAAAGUGAAAUAUCCUCUGGGUGCUGUUGUGGUCAGAAAUAGCCUGUAUUCCGAGGGUGGAGAACUUGUGAGGACUUUAAACCAGUUACAGUCUGCAGUGAAGGACGUGUGGCAGAAAUGUACAGAAAAAGAUUUCCAAAUGGUACUGGAAUAUCUGCACAACUCAGGAGACAUUAUUGUGAAGAACUUCUAUCCCACACCUCUUUGCCAUAGUCCUAUAUUGGACAUGUUUGUCCUCAUCAAUCAGCAUCAACUCGUCCCCAUUAUCGACAAGCUGCUGACGAUUCCACCCAAGAGCGAGCAGUCUCCCCAGCUGCGUAAAACGUGGCAGCAACUUGAUAACACUGGGAUUGUUCCAGGGGAAUUUCUGCACAAGGCAAUUUUCUGCAACUCAGCAGAUUUUUCAGAGCAUUUGGCAUUUCUUGAACUGAUGCAUUUUAUUUUUGGAACCACCGAGCUGUCAACUUCAGGUGCAAAGCAGAAGAUGUAUUGUAUACCCGCACACCUAGCUCAGUUUGCAGAACCCCACCUUCCAGCCAGCCACGAAUUCCAGGAAAUUUACCUGGAUUUCAAUGGCCAUCUACCUCAACCGGUCUUCUUGGUACUUCUCCUGCACUUUAGGGAAGCUUGUUUGAAAGGUCAAGGCUACUGCAAAGGUCAAGUUCAAGGUCUUCCUCAAGGUCAAGGUUGCAUCCAAAGCGUGGUGUCUGGGAUGUUUAUUGGAGGUGGCUUCCAGUACAGCAUACAUCUUGACAGGCUGUAUAGUUUAGCCAGGAUAUUUGUCAGGCCAACAAUGAAGACGGUACAGCUUCCAGAUUUCCUUGAUUAUCUGAGGAAACUUCUGUGUGACUUCACCUCCUUGCACCCUGUGGUUGAUCUCAGCUUCCAGUGUGGUCCUCUCUGCCCUGCAGCAGAGUGCAGCAUGAAGACCCACAGUGAUGCCCCUCAUGUUCUGGACAUUUUCCACCAGUCAGAAGUUCCCAUUUUCUGUGGUGCGGAGCAGGUGGACUGCCAUGAAGAUGUGAAGAUAUGGCUGCGCGGGAGUGAAGUUCUUGGCAUGUCUUUAGCUAGCCCAGCCAGCCUGGUCAGCACGACCCCCUUUGGAAAGAAGGUGGUCACCCUGGACACCAGGAUCCGAGACAUGCCUUACGACCUGUGGUCAGUGAUAUGUAAUAGGUUAAGCAUCCCUGUCCUGGGUGAUAGAGACUGGAAAGGAGUGGCAGGUGAACUUGGCAAAACUCCAAUGGAAGUCUCAUUGUACGAGCAGCAACGUGAUCCAUGCCGCAUGCUCCUCACCGACUGGGGCAAUACCACCCAUGACACUGUUCAGAAUCUUAUUGAUAUCCUUCAACUGCCAUGGAUGGAGAGAUAUGAUGUAGUGGAAGACAUAAUGGGAAUUAUUAAUGGACAGGAAAAAGCAGGCAUGAGUGUGAAGAAAUGAGGUUUUUAAAAGAUUGUUGAAACCAGUCGCUUUUUUUUUCUUUUUUUUUUUUUUGUCAGAAUGACCUGACAAAGAUCAAGUGAUUUGAUCAGGAUUUUGGCAAUUAACUUAAGACAGAAAAAUGUUGAAGUUAUCUGAAACUGCCAAAAUACACCCAUUGAUAUUAUAGAAUAAACUGAUAUUAAGACACCUGAAAGCACUUAUCAUGUCAAGCAAUGCAGUAUUCUGUACCACACAAGUUUGAGUGGUACUAACAUGUAAUUCUGCAAUGAGAAGGGGGGGUGUACUCUGUUUUUACAAGACCCAAUUUAUCAAUUAAACUGGUGUAGUUGAGUGCCAGGUGAUUUUUAUAAUAAUAGUCAGUAUAUUAAGUUGCCAAAGUCUCAAGCAGAAACAGUCCAGAAAUUCGUGUCUCUGGAUGUGAAAAGGCCCUAAUAUUUGCAAUAUUAUGUGACUGUGCAAAAAGUGUGCGUGUUAAUUGCAUAUUUGUGUACACAGCAGGUCUGUAGCUAGCGACGACCUUUUAAUUAGCCAGAAAAGGUGGCCUUUGGGUAAAGUGUUAUCUAAGUAUAUGAAGGUUUCAUGGUAAAAGGUCCGCUUUUUCAGAAAAAGAACCCCCUUUUGAAAUUGCUGGCUAUGGGCCUGAUAUAGGAAAGAUGUUACCCUGUCAGAAUUACUGCUGAAAGAGGCAUUUAGGGCAGAUAGAGCUAAUCUGACACUCUUUAGAUUAGUGCAGUAACAGUUACAUCAGCAUUUUUUUUUUUUUUUUUAGACCUAAAUGGAUGGAUUGGUGCAUUUAAUAUUUAGCAUUGAAAUAUCUCAUUGUGUAGCUUAAUCUGUUUUGGUGUUAAAUUAACCCAGCAUGAUGUUGGUAGAUUGUGAAAUGACUGUAUGCACUGAUUGUUUGGAGAAAAUAAGGCUUUAGAUGUGACAGUCAAAAGAAUAAAAAAGCAUUUUGCUAUUGGAUGAAACUGCCCUUUGAUGUUUCAGCUGAAAAAAAAGAUGAAAUAUAUGGUGAAAGACUUUUAAGCGAGGUAAAUGUUUUGGCUUAUACUUUUGAUUUGUUUGAAAAAGUCUUUAUAUGUAAUAUGUAUAUAAUAAUAUGUAUAGUACAUACAAUUUGGAGCUACGCAUUAGUAUUCAGUGUUAGCUUAGUGCGUACAUUGUGUUAAAAAUGAAUGUUUUGGUUCUUCUUAUUGUGAUAUAUGUUAUAAAUGCAUUUAAUGUGAGAUUUAACUUACAUGUAGUAUGUGUAUGAUAAAAGACAGAGAAAAGUAAUGAGAUUUUGAAUGCAAUCACAAAUGGCAAGUCUGCAAUAAGAACUGAGGGAGGAUAAGUUCACUGUUGUUGUUGUUGUUGCAUAAAAAUCAUGAAAGUUUACCAUAUCAUGAUUUCUUUCAGAUAUUUGCAUGAUGCUAUAUGUACAUUUUGUAUGUAUGUUCUAAUGAUUAAUGUAAUUGUCUAUUAAGUAUUCUAGAAUUAUCCACGAUCAAGAUUUUGUAUGAUUUUUUUAAAAACUUGGACUGUUCCCAUAAUUGUACAAAUUUUUUCAGCCAUAUGUUUCAGUCCAUCCUGCAUUUUUUCUUUCAAAGUCAAAUGUUCCUGGAUGCUUUCAUUUUCAUGAUUUUGUUUUUGUAGUAAGUCGAAUAGAGGUUCUACUUAUCUGAGGCGGCUUUAAGUUUUAGCUGUUACUGUAAUUGAUUUUCUCAUUUAAACUACAAUGAGACUGCAAUGCCCAUUUUUUCUUUAUUUUGGUAUGUGUAUAUAUAAACAUCCACAGUGCCAUAUGACUGUCCUUUUGAAAGAAGAUAAAUUUGUAUUUUUGUUGACAUAUUUUUGUUGUCCCCCCACCCCUUUCCCACUCAAGUAAUAUUUUGUUUUCGGCAUAUGCCUGACUUUAAAAGCAGGGCUUCCUUUAAGUUUUAAAAAAUGUCUAACAAGGCAAACUUUUUCUGUUUAUAUCAUUUUGAAAAUGAUUUUUGUCAUAUUCAGGGUUUGUAGUUAUGCUUUUCUUAAAAUUUUCUUGAUUUCACAAUAAAUUGAUUUCAGUUA